GACAAGGCGAACCCGCGCUGCUACACCCCGAACCUGCCUAGGCAUGUCAGAUGUGUCGCCCCAGUGCUUCUCGCUGCGUGUCAAGAUCCAGCCGCCGAAGGACCACGUCGCCUCCACCAAGGCCAACCUGGGCAACACCUACGCCAAGGGCAACAAGCACUCCGCCGCCACCAAGGCCAAGAUCUCGGCGGCUAUGAAGGGCAAGCCCAAGACCGCCGCCCACAAGGCCAAGAUGUCGGGCAACACCAACGCCAAGAAGUGCACCGCUGUCGCCGAGGCCAAGGUCCCGGCGACCAAGAAGCGCCGUGUCUGGUAAUGUCUGGUUAUGCAGGGGUACGAACAAUAGUUCCAGACCCCACCCCGCGAAACCUCCCGACCCCCCCUGACCGACGACCGACCGUGCCGUACUGUGCCGUACACCCCCUAAAUCCCCUCUGUUUUCUUCCAGGGUGGUGUCAAACGACUGCUUUCAGCGAGCUCUAUUAGCAUGUAAACACGGAAAGUUCGUCGGGCGCGUCUUGACCACAGCCAUGUUGUCGACAUGUUGUGAACGUCUUGCGGCCGUUCAGUUGCACCCGUGUAAAGCACGCUUACGAGACUUACCUACGCAUGGGACAUACACGUGCGUUUUCCUCCGGCGCGCAAGCACCGGUCCGCGACUUGUGGCACGUUCUGGUCAGGCGAGACAUGUCGCACCCCAACAUGUGUUGCGGGCGGUAGCCCUUCGUCUUCUGGUAGGCUCCUGACGUUCCCCAGCCGUUAAAAGCUUCCAUUACAUGCUUUGGGCAACGGUCUGGGCUUGCUCCGCUGUCUUAUGAGGCCCAGACGAAAGUUUCCAGCACACCGUGACGAAACCUUGGGGACCCCAGGGACCGACGACCGACCCUGAACUUUGGGGGCCCAUAUCUCCGUCAAGUUGGGCCCUGAUAGCAUGUGAUGGCUCGGCGUCUUCGGGUGCUGGGACUGUCCCCUCUGUAACAUCCGCAUUCAUAUCUCCGCAAUUGUUACCCUGAUCAAAAUUCCGAAAGCGGAUUCUGAACGCUCUCGUCAAGCUCUUUCAAUUUGAAGGGUGGGGUGUGUCUGCGGCAUUCUUACCCCCCCUGGGUUAUGCAACUUGCGUUCGUGGCCGAUUCCCACCCCCUUCCAGGCUUCCACACCGCUGUCUGCACGUCACGCCUGCAGGGGGGAGGGUCUCCCUGCCCCCUGCACCCCAUACCACACCGCAAACGCACGUGUGCGGAUAGCUGGGCGCAAGGGCGGAGUUGAGAUCAUGUUGUGAUGUAAUCGCUGCAUGGGGAUUGCAAAUCAUGCCGUCCGGCCUAGGUCGUGAUGUGCGGAGCGAGCUGUCAGACCUCAGGUCUGUUCAGUGCUAGCUAGCCCUCUCACACCAUUCCGGUUAUCACCUGUUCCUGACGUAGACCACACACAUUGUUGCUUUGUGUGGGAACGCGGCGAGUGCAAGAGAACCUCGGAUGCGUUUGCCCCCGGUCGGCUGGACAGGGACUGUCCGCUGUCGUGGGUGUGCGAUACACAGUUGUGCUCGUGACCCAACAACAUGUAACGCUAUGUGACCGCACGCUAUGCUGCAAGCCUGUCUCACGCCUCGAGCCGGGUUGAGGGAUGGGCAACUGCACUUCAGCCACGGACGCUAGUGCCCUACUCAGCCUGGUCAGCUGGGGGAGGCGGCGAGAUGGCGGCGAAGCCACGGAUGGCCCAGUUGCCCACCGUAGGCCCAUCUGCGGAGCCAUAACGGGUGCCAUUGCACAGCGCGUGGCCGUCCAGAUCACGCCAUCAUGGCAGGAGAUGUACCGUAACAUUGGGCGUGGGGCAUAGUGGCCGCCAGGCACGGUUUUGGCGUGCCGUGCGUGUAAUAUGCGACAUGGCGUAAGCCGGUCCGGGUCCACAAGGGUGCUUGCCCUCUGGUAGGGACUGUUGCCAUCCUGUCGGGCGCCACACAUUCCGCCAUUCGGAGCGCAUGCAGUUUAGGACAGUGGACCGCUGAGACCGAACGCCGUUUCAUCUCCCUUGUCCAGUGACGACCGUCACCCCAUUACUCUAAGGCAGAUCCACGGCUGGGAGCAAUGCCAUAAGCACGGUAAUGGAUGACUGUAGGGUGUGAGGGCCACAGCCUCACAGGAGCGAGCGGCAGGGGCGUUCGUAGCGGGUGAUUGGGGGCAAAUGGGCGAGCCGGGUACAGCAGCUGCACACACGCCACGGCAGCUUCAGCUAUCCGGAUCCGGUACGGCCCCUACCUGCACAUGGGCCUCGUACAGACGUACUCUUCCAUUGCCCACGUGGCAGACCGUGGCAGUAACUAUGGUCGCGCCUUCAGCAGUUAAGCUUCCCAUCCCGUUACAAGCAGGCUCUCUCUGAAGUAUCUGAAGACGGCAUUGCCCCGGCAUUGCAGACUUCAGGCGCCCCAGCUGUGCCCCAAGCGCUGAGCCAGAAGCACCCAUGAGGCCAUGACAACACCCCAAGCAACUGAUCGGGGGUGAACACUUUCGAGGCGUUGUGUGUGGUAUGGGCAAGGUUACACACACCUUGUCGUGUCAACUAAACACGCCUGCCGAACAACCUCGGGGGAGAGUGGGGCGGGGCACAGCUGGUGGCGGCGGGUGCGUGCUGAGCGGAUCGCAUGUCAAGGGGGCGCCCUGCUGUGUGUGCAGAUAAAGCGAAGGGGCACAGGCGCCAUGAUACGUAGAAGAAGCACAUCACGAAGCCAUUGACUUGUCCAAGACCUAACAGCCUAACUUUUGGCCGAGUGUCAGUUAAAGUGCACGCUUACAGGACCGGUACCGUGUUACGCUGCCAGCCAGCCAGGUUGAAGACCGCUGGAAAACACGAAUUCCAUC